AUGCCUCCUGCCAAUGAUGCAACCCAGCAGCUAUCACAGACUGGGACAAGCCUCUAUGCAGUGCUGGAACUAAAGAAGGGUGCCCAGCCUGAAGAGAUCAAAAAAGCCUACAGGAAACUGGCCUUGCAGUAUCAUCCGGACAAGAAUCCAGGGGACCCUCAAGCAGCAGAAUUCUUCAAAGAGAUCAACACAGCCCAUGCUGUACUCAGUGACCCCACAAAGAAGAAAAUCUAUGACCAGCAUGGCUCACUAGGACUAUACCUGUUUGACCACUUGGGUGAAGACGGCGUCAGAUACUAUUAUAUAGGGAACAGUUGCUGGUUCAAGACACUUGUCAUCCUUUGUUGCCUGCUGACUUGUUGCUUCUGCUGCUGCUGCUGCUGUUUCUGCUGUGGCAGCCUAGCUCCACCGCCUGAGGAAACUGUCAGGAAGCAGCAGGAAGUUUCCAAGAAUCAACAAACGAAUGUCCAUUCUGUCCAUUCUCAGCCUACAAGAGCUCCAGCCCUGUACACGCUCUCAGCCGUGGGCCCGUGGACAGGCUGCAGCCCAUACUGUAGUGCCUGCCGCCUCCAUCCUGCCGACCCCAUAUAA